AUGUCUUACGGCAAGGGGUCAGCGAGACCUGACGCUAUGAAUCUCCCAGAACACCUAAUACCACAUGGUAUGCUUGGUCAGAUUGGAAGAAGCCAACGACCCCCGCAAGAAUUGAAUAACUCACGGUCUUACCACGAGACAAAUUCCGCUCCUAGUCAUACCGAGUUUGUCUCAUCAGCUGCGGAUGCAGCUUUUGACAAUUCUAACAAGUUAUCUCACUCCUCACUGCUGCUACUGUACGACAAGCAACAACAACAACUACCACAAGGCAUGGUGAAUCAAUAUCCAGACACGAAAUCCGCUGCUUAUAACUCAAGGUGGGCGGGACCGCCCACUGGCAAAGCGCCCUACCCUACGUCCAACAACUUUUCAAACCCAGAUAGCCUCAAUGAUUCUCAGCGCUCUCAACAAAUUCCUUAUAAUGGGAGGUACCAGCCACAGUAUACUGCUCACCAGGUGAACCGUCCACAAUAUCAAGGCCAGAGACUGAUGACAAGCACGCUGAGCAACCCUUACCUGGCACCAUACGCGAACUCGAGCGCUGGUCAGCUUCCGAGGCAGGGCCUGCGAGGCACACUUCAAUCACAAAACGGAAGCUCACUCUCUCUUGAUACUACGGGAUCCAUUCAGAAUCCACCAUAUGGAGCUGGUACUCCCUUUGGAACUGUGCCUGAGUACGGCUACGCGGAACAUCCUACUUCGACGAACUCCGGUGUUACCGGACAGCAUGAUAUGCCUCCAUCUCAACCUGGUAUGUUCGGCUUUCCAUCUGCUCAAACGUUUAACUCGAAUCCUCGAAAGGCACCUUCGUCGAUGAAGCCAAUGCCCGAGGUAAUCCUCACAAUCAACAUGAAGGAUGGUUUGGAAUACCAUGACUCUUUUACUGGUGACACAGCGGUUGAUGUGAUUUGCAGCAUCAUUCGCACAAAUGACAGAAAUCUUGCAUUGCUUUUAGGGCGCUCAUUAGAUGCGCAGAAGUUCUUUCACGACGUAACAUACAAUCACAGACUAAGAGACCUGAGUCACGAGGUUUACACAUUCAGCCGGAACUACAAUGAUGUGGAAUUUUUUGCAGAAGAUGGGAAUGGUCAUGGCAGCAACAAUAAUUCGAAUCGUGGUUCGUUUAAUGAGCACCAGAUGUCUGUUCUGCCGCAGCCUCCAUCCUCUGCCCCAUAUCCUACAUCAUCAGCUCCUCCAAGUAUACCUCCAAGCCCCGUCGAUGGUGGCAUUGCUGUCUUUGGACAGAAUCACAAGCCGCGAGAGCUUCAGGAGUCUUCAGGUGUCAACGGUGUCUUCACAAUUUUGAGUAACUGCUAUUCACCAACUUGUACUCGCGACAGUCUUUGUUACUCUAUCGCCUGUCCCCGCCGAUUAGAGCAACAAGCAAGAUUAAACAUGAAACCAAGAGGUGGACUUAAAAGAGCAGUUUCUAGACUUUCUUUGCAUGACAAUGAGACCAACAAAACGCUUUGGCACGAAACUGUUGAUCAACUGGUUCUUGAUGAUCUUGAUAAACAUGAGAAGAUGCGCCAAGAACUAAUCUACGAGCUAAUCUACACCGAAAGAGAUUAUGUCAAGGAUCUUGAGUUUAUGACAGACUUUUACAUACUUCCAUUGCGCAACCCAGCGAAUAAUAUCAUUCCAGAGCGUGAACGUGAGGCUUUUAUAAGAACUGUUUUCGGUGGAGUGAGUGAAUUGCUACGCCUCGCAAAAAGUCUUAGCGAAGCACUCACGAACAGGCAACAGCAACAAAAACCGGUUGUGGAGAGCGUUGGUGAUGUGUUUUUGCAGUUUGUGGGCUCGUUUGACCCUUUCAUUAAAUACUCUGGUAACAAGGUUUUCGCCAGUUUCGAACAUGAAAGACAGCAACAAGUGAACAUCAAAUAUGCGAGAUUUUUGGAUGCGAUUGAGAAGAAACCAGAGUCAAGAAAACAAGACUUAUCAUCCUUUUUGAUUAAGGGUGUUCAACGUCCUGCAAGGUACCAACUUCUUCUAGGCGGUAUUCUUAAGAAUACGAAUGAAUCAUCUCCGGACUACAAGAAUCUUGUGAAAGCAAAGGAAGAAAUCGAAAAGGUAUUGAAUAAGAUCAACAUUCAGACUGGUGAAAGUACUGAUCGUCAUAAAAUAAUGGUUUUGCAUAGGCUUCUUGGGCGUCAAACACUAGAGGACAGAUUCAACUUCAAACUCAACUACAACAAUAGGAUUAUUUAUCAGGUGACACUCAGCAGAAAGCGUGAUAACGAGAAGAUUGAUCUCUAUUUGUUCGAACACGCAUUAUUGCUCGUGAAACACAAGAUACAAAACAAAAGAGAAGUCCACAAGGUCUUUGAAAAGCCGAUUUACUUGCCAUUGCUUUUUGUGAACAGUGGGUAUGACUCUCCAGGAAUCAAGUCGAUUCUACAGUUCAGAGAAAAUGGUUCAAUAAUAUCUGACACGAGUUUGAGAAACCGUGCUGAAGCAUCGAACUAUAAUCCUGUUUCUUCCUCGCAGCAAAAGCUUCAGGUCAAUUUCUUGGGACUUGGUAAUAACCCUGUUCAUGUCUCCUUGUACGCAGACGACGUCACCAAUCAAAGUCAAAUCUUGCUGCAAGUUCAGCAGCAGCAGAGGAAACUCCUUGAUAAGCAUGAUAUAUUUUCCCUAAGCAAGUAUGAGACUCGAAGGUUUACUGGUCACAAUAGGAUUAAUUGUGCAGUGCCUUGCUAUGGUGGAAAGAAGUUGUUAUAUGGUACUGAUGCUGGCGUUUGGGUUUCCACUGUGCGUUCUAUCAGCAUGACGUCGAAUGAGAAGAUUUGUUCUGACCCAACAAUGGUAAUCAGCAAGCCUUACAUUUCCCAAAUGGAGGUUUUGGUUGAGUAUUCGAAGUUGUUGGUUCUUUCUGAGAAGACGUUGUAUGAGUUCGACCUUUCAUGCACGGACUCGCUUGACCAUGUGAAAAAUACGAGAAGUGGAAAGAUUAUUCUCAAUUAUGUAUCUUUCUUCAAAACUGGAGUUUGUGAUGGUCGAUUAUUGGUUUGCGCAGUGAAGAGUGGAAGUGCAAAAGCUAUCAGCAUUGUUGAGCCCACCAAUCCAUUUGACUCCAAGAUGAGAGGAAAGGGAAAGAAACCGGAGGUUAGAGAGAUUGCUUUCAUGUCCGAGCCUGUUUCCAUUUCAUUUUUGAAGACAAAGUUGUGUAUUGGUUGCACGAAGGGUUUCGAGAUUUUAUCUCUUGAGGCUGGAAGGAAAGAGCCUAUUCUUGAUGAAGCAGACCCCUCAUUGGAUUUCGCCACGCAAAGAGAAAGUGUGGCACCUCUAGGAAUUCAUAGAUUGGGGAAGAACUUCCUUUUGAGUUACAGUGAAUUUUCCUUCUUGAUCAACCGUAACGGUUGGAGAACAAAACAUGACUGGGGAAUAUUUUGGGAGGGCUCACCGCAAAAUAUUGCAUUAUUCUAUCCAUAUUUGUUGGCUUUCGACCCUGGUUUCAUUGAGAUACGUGAUUUGGAAAGCACGACUCUUAUCAGAGCAUUGAUUGGUGAAAACAUUCGAUUCUUGCAUUCGAACGAGCACGAGGCUUUGUAUGCGUGUGAAGAAAAUGGCUACGAUAUCAUCGUUUCGAUUGACUUCUUGAAUUUGAAGCCGAAGCAAAAAAGUUAA